AAGUAAGUUAUUUUCUCUUUGGUCAAAUUAUUAUUGAAUAAUUAAUAAUACAAAAACAUUUUUUUUUAAACUUGUGUAUUACCUUUAAAUAAAAAUGCGUCGUCGAGCAGGAGUUGGUGCUAUCCAAAAGCAUAGACUUGAACAGGAAAAAUACCGGGAGAAAGGUUCGGAAAUUCAGGAGAAUCAAUUUCAACAGAUGUCAAAACAGUUGGAGGUUUUCAGGGAAAAUCUCGAGGAAUUCGCCACUAAACACAAGAGUGAGAUUAAGAAGAAUGCCCAGUUCAGGAGACAGUUCCAAGAAAUGUGCGCCGCGAUCGGCGUCGAUCCCUUAGCUUCGGGAAAAGGGUUUUGGUCGGUUUUAGGUAUUGGAGAUUUCUACUACGAACUUGGUGUGCAAAUAGUAGAAGUAUGCUUAGCUACCAACUAUAAAAAUGGUGGUCUCAUUACACUAGAUGAACUCCGGACUCGUCUAAUUGCUGCUCGAGGAAAAGCAAAGAAGCAUCAAGACAUAACAAAUGAAGAUUUACUUGCCGCUGUUAAAAAACUGAGAAUAUUUGGAAAUGGCUUUACAGUUGUUCCAAUAGGUAAAGGAAAGUGGCUAGUUCAAUCAGUACCAGGAGAGUUAAAUCUAGACCAGACCCUGGUAUUGCAAAAAGCUAAUGCUUUAGGCACUGCCUGGGUGUCAACAAGUAUCCUUAUUGAUGACCUAGGUUGGAAUGAAACAAGGGCUCAAAAUGCCCUGAACCAUAUGGUGAAAGAGGGUCUCGCUUGGAUAGAUACUCAGGAUACAAAGGAAACAUUAUACUGGUUUCCUAGUAUGUUUGCUGAAUGUGUAUCAGCUUCAUGAAGUAAUCUUGUGAUAAUGAGUGAUUUCUGUAGAUGUUCUACUUGCAAUCUGAAAUGUUUGUGAAAUUAUGAACUAAAUAAUAUUAUUUAAAAUAAGUAUUCAUUUUAUAACAACCAGCAGACUAAUGAAGCUGGCACAUGCCGAUGUUGUAAAUAUAGAAAAAAAAAAAAAAACGAGAAUUGCAUUAAAGCACAGAAAACCAUUUCAGUCAUAGUCAAGUGCAUAAAACCGCAUGGGUUGAUUAAUAAAAAAUAUAAUUUUUUUUAUAAAAAAUCUGAAAAUGAUUAAAAAACCCCCAUUUAUUAUCAAAAAUAUACUUCAGUUCAUCAAUUCGCGUCCUCAUAAGGUUUUCUUCCCAAUCGCGGCGCUUGAUUUCUCUCGUAUGUGUAUCUUGUAUCCUUUGUAUGUCCAUAGUUAAUGAUUGUUUUUCACAAACAAGCUGUAUGUUGCGACGUUCUGAUGCCACCUAAAGUAAAUUAAUAAAUUCCUGGAUAUUCAUUGUAAAUUUUUUAAAGGCUUUUGACCUUUUCAAUCACAAAAAAUAAUAUCAAUUAUAUGUUUAAUUUAAUAUAGCAUUAGAGUAAAAUUUUAACCUUAAGUUAUUAUAAAAAUAAGAGGUUUUAAACAUACUAAUUACUAAAGAUUAAUUAAUUGAAAACGAAGUAUUAUACAACAGGAGUUUCACAGGGAAGUGAAAUAAGUCCAAUUUUUUAAAAUUACUUUUUAUUUAGUAAUUUCAUAUUAAUAUAUUCUAAAACCAAUACUUACUAAUUCUUGAAACAUAGCUUCAAGUCUUUGCUCAGCAAGAGCUAGUUUCGGGUCAACCGAAUUUAAUUUGUUUUGUUGAAUUUUCAAAUAAUUUUCAUUUGAUGCUUGCAGUAUUUUGUUUUCUCUAUUAAAAAAUAAAUAAAUAAUGACCGUUAUUACUUUAAUGUUUAUUAUUUUUUUGUAUAGUUUAAUAUAUAAACCUGUUUUAUGUAAUGUUGUUAUGUAAUUCAACAUGAAACAGACGAGUUUAAAUAUACCUUAACGUUUUAUUUAAUAAGAGUCCUUUUUCUACAAUUUCAGCAUCAAGAUUUUUUAUAUGUUCUAGCAUAUCAGAAACCUUUUCAUUGUAUUUUUCUUUAAGUUCAUCUAAUUCCUUUCGAUACCGUGUUUCUGUAUCACGUUGUAUAUUUGAUAAUGUUUGUUUUAAAGAAUUCAACUCGCCUAAAAUACAUUGAAUAAAUAUUUUGUCAAAUA